CACUCUCCUAGCCCUCGAAUCAGAAAAGAAAUAGAGAAGAAACACGCUCAGCCUUCUCGUAAAGAAACCUCCAGGACCAUCAAAUCUUGACAUCCAACCACAACAACUUCAGCUCAAGACUUUACCUCGUUCACAAUGGUCAACGUUCUCAUCAUCGGAGCGACUGGUUACAUUGGCACCGCAGUCUGCCAGUCCCUCAUUCGCUCUGGAGACCAUCGUGUCUUCGGCCUCGCACGUUCUCCCGAGAAGGCACGAUUAUUGGAGAAAGACGAAAUCAUCCCCAUCCUGGGCUCACUCACCGACACCAAAAGCUUGAUCCAAAGUCUGGCAACUAAAUACAUUGACGUCGUUGUCGAUCUUUCUGGGGAUCCCAAAGAAUCAGAGUCCUUCCUGCAUGUACUCAAGUACAUUGGCGCUGAGAAAUUCAAGCAAGCGGCCACAGCUGGCGUUCGAGUUCCCAAGCUCGGUUAUAUCUAUUGCUCGGGCACUUGGGUUCACGGCUCCUCUCAAACAGCUGUGAAUGAUUUGUAUCCCGUAGGGGCGUUGAAUGCACCUACACCUCCCGUUGAGCUUACAGCCUGGCGAGCAAAGCUCGAACAGGUCGUUCUUGCAAGUAGUGAUGUCUUGGACGUCAUGGUUGUCAGGCCGGCUUUGGUCUAUGGUCGAUCGAGCGCUAUUUGGAGCUCCUUGUUCGAACCUCUACAUAUCUCCGCGCAGAAUGGCGAGAAGAGCGUGGAUGUCCGAGUAGAGGCUGACAGUCGACCAGCCUUGAUCCAUGUUGACGAUGUGGCAACGGGAUUUCAUGCUGCCAUUGACAAGCUACCACUCAUCGCUGGGACGGGUGUGUACCCUGUCUUUGAUCUUGUGACUAGCCAAGAAAGUAUGAGGGAGAUUUUAGACGCCGCGGCGAGGGAGCUGGGGUUUAAUGGUAAGGUGAACUUGGUGGGUGCCGGAGAACAUCUUUUUGCCAAGGCGAUAUCUGCCAGUGCUAGUUUGAAUGCUGGGAGAGCGAGAACUAUCUUGGGAUGGCUGCCAAAGAGGUCUGAAUAUGUCGUAAGCAUGGAUAUUUUUGCAAAAGCUUGGCUGACAGCGAAGCUUUGAGAUGUACACUUGGAGUUAG